AGGAGGGGGUCGCGGGGAGCCGGGGGAGGCACACAGGUGUGUGGAGCGGGGAUACCGGCUGUAUACAGAUUAUUGCCACCAGAUGGGACAAUGACCACCAUCACUCGGCAGGAUCUGAACUUCGGGCAGGUGGUGGCGGACAUACUGUGCGAGUUCCUGGAGGUGGCCGUCCACCUGAUCCUGUACGUCAGAGAAGUCUAUCCCAUUGGGAUCUUCCAGAAGAGGAAGAAGUACAAUGUCCCAGUGCAGAUGUCUUGUCACCCUGAACUCAACCGGUACAUACAGGACACCCUGCACUGUGUGAAACCGCUCAUAGAGAAGAAUGAUGUGGAGAAGGUGGUGGUUGUGAUCCUGGAUAAAGAGCACCACCCAGUGGAGAGAUUUGUUUUUGAAAUUGCACAGCCACCUCUGUUAUCUAUCAGCUCUGACUCGCUGCUGUCUCAUGUGGAGCAGUUACUGCGGGCAUUCAUUCUCAAAAUCAGUGUUUGCGAUGCUGUCCUGGACAACAACCCUCCAGGAUGCACAUUUACUUUACUUGUACACACAAGAGAAGCAGCUACAAGGAACAUGGAGAAGAUUCAGGUUAUAAAGGAUUUCCCCUGGAUCCUGGCUGAUGAACAGGAUGUACAUAUGCAAGAGCCACGUCUCAUACCUCUCAAAACUAUGACGUCUGAUAUAUUAAAGAUGCAACUUUAUGUGGAAGAGAGAGCCCACAAGAGCACUUGACACCCAGGUGGAGACCAGAUCCGUCCCAGCUCGGUGGAUUCUCGAUGGUCACCAGGUGGUGGUGUCUGAGCCUCGUGCCUGCAGUAUUCCAGCAACCUUUGCAGAUCGGAUGUUAAGGUGACAACCAUCAUGGAGUCGGUGGUUGUGUCCAGAUUUACCGUUGCAGGAAAGACGUCUCCAGACAGAUCUGUCUCCUCCAUGGCCACUAUUUAUUGUACAUAGGUUUCUUUUUACACACAUGCUGAAUAAAUGAGAAAAUUACUG